CGUGAACCAGUAGUAGCGUACGCUACUACUGUAAUCAAAUCGAUAUUCGCUCGAUUAUUCGUUCUGUCAAUUUUGGUGUCGUCUCCACGAAUUUGACAUUUCAUCCUGAUAACACGCACUCGAAUCGGUAUCGAAACAGUCGCGGCAUCGGUGGUAAAGAUAAAUGCGAGUUUAAUCUUUUUUUUAGCUCGGGAUUAUCGAAUGUCAAAAAUGGAGAAAAGCGAGGGGAUGGUCGACGAGUGAAGCUUAGUUACGUUUUUUAUUGCGAGCCUCUUAUCAUUCGUUUAUCAUUCGGAGGAAUACUCACAGCUGCCUCAAAGAUGAAGAGAGGAGGCAUGGAAAUCACUUGCUCAGCGUUGCUGCUGCUGUUGGUCGUGGAAUUAACUCGUGGGAAUGCAUUUUACAGUCGCGAGGAUCCCUGCAUCAGUUUGUGCGAAAAAGCACCUUCUAGCUUCUCAAAUAACGUGUAUGUAAAGUCCUGCUGUCAACGAGGCUGCAGAUUUUUUAAUCUGGUCGACUUGCGUUCUGGAUGGGAAGCCAAUAGUUUGAAUGGCACUAGGGAUGCUUGCGAGGCUUCAUGCAAUGAGGCUUAUACAAACCUGCAAGAUCGUGUUGCCUGUGGCACUGGUUGUGAUUUUAUGGCCAAGCAACGUAUUUCGGAUUUGGUAUCUCUGUUUUCUAUCGCCAUAUGCAUUGAACAAGGCAUAGACUCCAAUGUUUUAUUAAUGUCACCCGACAUGCCAGAGAAUGAUAUAUUAAUGGAUCCUGGGUUGCGCAAAGAGCUUCUUCCUGGAUGGUGGGAUACCGAUGGCUUCAAAUUGCCACAAACCUAUGUUAAAACUGUACCAAUAGAUGCUGGUACUAUAGAUUAUGCUUUGUCCUCUGAUUAUUCCGGCGAAACCGAACAAUCAUCUAUGCCUGACUGGUUUCAUUGCGCUUUGAAGCAGAUAAGAAUACCUUACUGGGACAUUGGAGUACCUUAUUGGCUUUUUGCUUCUGCCAUAGCAGUAUUCAUAAUGGUGUCCAUGCUGUGGCUUUGUCUGUCAACAGGAGACGUCCGAACAACGUCUCAAAAAGACGUUUUAAUUGAUAUGGCUAAUUCGCCAAAAGUUGCACUAUACAUGCCAGAUGAAGCUCCACUGUACAAAGAUCCUCCACCUAAAUACGAACAUUCGUCCAGUCACUGUGAGUUUUAAUUAGCUUUCGAUGUUAUUUAAAUUACGAUAUUUCGAUGAAGAAUUUUACGCGAGACGCAAUUAUCACGUUUCGAAAGCCUUAGUAUAACGCAAGGAUACAAAUUUCAACUUUGAAUAUUUUAAGUUUAUAGACAGAUGCACAUUCGAAACUUAAAUUGCAUUUUACAAUAUCAUGGAGAAAUCAAAUUAUUUCCUUGCUUUUUUAUAAAUAAAAUUGACGCAUUUAACAUAAUAUUUAUUAUACAUAUAUAUGUAUAUAUAACAUAAAGUAACAAACAUAGAGAAAUGACAGAAAAAAAAACUUAUUUAAUAAUACAAAAUUUCUGAACUUUUCGAAAAAUUUAUGUUGAUAAUUAUAUAUUACACUCCUUUUCUCACAUUUAUUAAGUUUUGAGAAUAUAUAUAUAUUAUAUAUAUCUCGAGCACAAGAAAUAUUUUUAAU